AUGCCCUCGCAUCAGAGAGAGAACAGAUCUCGCGCUGCGGAUGCGCAACGACGCGACACUUCUGCUGCUGCUGCUUCCGCCUGUGCACCGUCUCAGGACUCAACUGCCUUCAGGGGAAGCGUGGGUCGCAGCCACAGUAUAGAGCCCUGGGACACUGCUGAAACAGGCCGCAGCAAGAGAGCUACUGCAACGGGACCUACUGCAGCGGCGUCAGCAGCAAGUGCAGGUGCUCCUGGAAGCAGCAACAGGCGUGAAUGCAGGAGGAAUCGUCAUGGAGGUGCAGGUGCCGCCACAACAGCCGAAGGAAGCAGCAGCAGUAGUAGUGGGACGGUGAACUAUUCCAGCGAGCAGCACAAGCGUGCUGCUGGGGCCGUGACCCACGGCAGCGGCAGCAGUAGCAGCAGUAGGCAGCAGCACGCGAGCAGCUCUGUGGGGCAGCGGCGCAGCAGCAACGUAAGCCAGGCGUCGAACUGCUCGGAGGAGGCGGAGGAGGAGGAGGCGACGUGCCCCUUGUGCCUAGAGACGCUGGAUGAGACAGACAGGGGCCUAUUCCCCUGCGAGUGCGGGUACCAGGUGUGUCUGUGGUGUCUGCACCACAUACGGGACCACCUGGCGAACAAGUGCCCGGCUUGUCGCCGCGAUUAUGACGAGAAGAAGUUCAAGUAUGACCAGACGAAGGUCUUGGAGCUCACGAAACAAAUAGGACGGAAAUCAAGAGACAAGGUCUGCGGGGCCUCGGAUCCAACAAGGAGCGGGAGCAGCGGUGGCAGUGGCAGCAGCAGCAGCCGCUCCGCGGGUGCGCCUGGGACGGCGCGUGGAGGCGUUGCGAGCAGCAGCUCUUCUUCCUACGGCGGCAGUAGCAGAAACGCUGCAGCGCAACAGCAAGCAUCAGGGGCUCACCGUCGCGGUUCCAGGGAAGCUGCAGCUCCAGCCCCCGCACAGGCGGCGGCGCUGAAGGAUGUCCGCGUUAUUCAGCGCUGCUUGGUUUAUGUUAUUGGCAUUCCCCCCUCAAUUGCAAAGAAGGAGGUCCGUUUUCACGGAUUCGGGGUUGGGAUUUUGCGCCGUCAUGAGUUUUUCGGGCAGUACGGGAAGGUUCUCCAAAUUGUUGUUAACAAAAACCAGGGGCACUGGGGGGGGCCUUCGUUUGCAGUGUACGUCACAUAUUCUUCUAGUAAAGAAGCGAUAGCGGCGAUCCAAGGGGUGGACGGCGCGGUAUACGAGGGCCGGACCCUGAAGGCUUCAUUUGGAACUACAAAGUACUGCUCGCACUUCCUCAAGGGUGUGAAAUGUCAAAAUCCGGACUGUUCCUACCUGCACCAGCUGGGCUCUGGGAAGGACAGUUUCACGAAGGAGGCGAUGAUUAGCGCGAAGCAUCAGUUCCUGGAUCUGACGAUCCCCAGCAACUCCGAACGGAAACAGACGGGGAGUCUUUUCGGGAAGGUGCAGGACGCAGGAACCCGAGCCAGCAGCAGCAGCAGCAGCAGUGGCUGCAGCGUUGGGCAGAAGGAAGACAAGGAGGGACAGGGAGACCCGGCAAUGUAUGUUUUUGGAGCCCACAAUUUUCUUCUCCCUGCAUUUUUGCUGCAAACCCGGCUGGAAGUGACAUUCCGAUGCAGCCCUCCUUCUGCAUGCAAUGCAUCAGCGUGGAACGGAGCAGUAAAAGGGGGAGGCAGUGAGAGUGAAGACUCGGAUGAAUUCUCAUCGGCAACCUCCCCGUCGGGAACCGCAGCCAAAGACAGUGCCACAGCUGCAGCAGCGGCACCGGCUCCUGCAGCUGUUGCAUCUCCACUCGCAGCAGGACCCGCAGCUGCUGCGGAGGUUGAGGAAGCCCACACCGCAUCCGCAACGAAAUCCAGAACAAAGCCCCAACCUACAAGCUGCAGUACGUGGGCCUCAGUAGCAGCAGGAAGCAUCAAGCCUAGUGCUGCCACUGCAGCGGCAAGCGCAGCAGCUGCAGCACCUCGUGAGGCAAGUCCCUCUGACAAUGGUGCCAGCGGAAGUCAACAGCUAGAGCAGCAAGAGCAGCAAGAGCAGCAAGAGCAGCAACCGAAGCAGCAAUAUCUAACUUCCUCGUCUGCUCCCAGUGAGCUCCCGCAGCAACAGCUGCAGGAGGAGGAGCAGGAGGAGCAGCAAAUGCAACAGAAAGCGGAGGAGCAGGAGUCUCAUGAUGAACAGAGCAACCCAGACGGGAACAGGAGGCGUUUGUCUAGCGAGGGUUCUGCGCUCAACGAGGAAGGGAAUGGGGGCGAUGUUUCGUCUGCUACUGACUGCUCCGCGGCAGAAGGUUCUGGAAAUGAGGCAACCCAUACAGAGGCUGGCACCGCUGUUCGUCGAAAGUCUGCUGUUCCUGAAGACUCUGGGGCAAACGCAGUAGAGGAAACACAACAUCCAGGAUUCUCUACAAGGUCCACAGAUGAUAGGAACUCCGGCCAGCCACAGCAGCAGCAACAGCCGCACCAUAAGCAGCACGAGCAAACAGAAUUAACUCAACAGCCCGCAGGCUGGCCACCGGUGCAUGCAGGCUUGCAGACAAUGGCUGCCGGUCUUCAACGGGCCCCCCUUGAUCCGCAUGGGGCCAGUUGGGUUCCCGCUUCUGCUCCUGCUGGUGCUGGUGUCAACGAAUGUCCACAGCAGCUACACACGUUGCUUCCACCGCAGCUGCAACAGCGCCUAGUGCAGCAGAUGGAGCAGCAGCAGCGACGGCUUGGUGGCCUCCAGCUUGACAACAGCACGGCGCAGUUGCUUGGUGUUGAGUCCUCUUCUUUCUCAUCAGAACAGCUCUUGCAGCAACAACACCAGCAACAGCAGCAGCAGCAGCUCCUGAUGCGUCUGUAUGCGCCAACCUGCAUGGCCCCGGCAGUUGACAAUGGGGUCCCAGGUGGCGGUAGGUUUGGCCCGCCCCCAGGCCUCGAGCCAGUGGGUGGAUCCAAAAGGUUUGGGGGGAGCAGCGGCAGCAGCAGAUUCAGCAUGGGCAGCGGCGCAUUUGACACCUCAGGCUGUCUCCUCGAACAGCUGGGAGCUGCCGUUGGCUCUGCUGGUAUGCCGUUUGCUGGGGUUCCACUAGCCGCAUCCAGCAGCAGCAACACCAGCAGCAAUAACAACAGUAAUUCGUGCUUUGCGUUUGCAGCUAGAGGGGAUGAUGAUGAGGAGGCAGUGUUUGAGAUUCCAGGGAUCGAGGACUGCGUGCAGUGGCUAGCGACCCCCAGCACAGUCGCUGCAGCUGCAGCCGAAAGCCAAGCAACGCCAGAUCAUCUUCACCAGCAGCAGGAGCGGCAACAACAAGGGACUCUUCUCCCGAACACAGAACGGCCUUCUCUGGUACAUACAGGUAGUGGGCGGGAGCAAGUUCCUGUACCGCUGGACGGAAGUUGGACACAGCAACAGCAGCAGCAUAAGGACUUCGUGUUUGGGCCUGGUGUGGGGUUAGGUUCAGUACCUACCAUUCAGCAGCAGCAGCACCCGCAGCAGCAAGGGCAGCAGCAGCGCCACCCCGCAGACUGGUGGCGAAGCCUCCAGCCCUCUCCACCGAUGAUGCAACAGAAGGCAGAUCUCAGCAGCAGUGGCAGUGCUGCCGCUUCUGCUGCUGCUGUCUUAAAUCGUCUGGAACACCAGAGUGCUCGUAGGGGUGGCGGGUGGAACAUCCGCGAGGCUUUUAUUGGACACGAGCAACAGCGACAGCAGCAGCAGCAGCAGCAUAUGCUGCAGCACGAACAUCUGCAGCAACUUCUUCGUCAGCAGCAGCAGGGGGUUCUCCCGCAACAUCAGGCGCAGGCGCGAGUGCGCACCGCAGCUGCUCCAGCGGAACCACAGCUCCAUCAGCAGUCUCAGCUGGUGCUACAGCAGCAAGAACAGGAACGCCAGCUUGCUCUUCUACACCAGCUAGUGCCGACACAUACCGUUGGUCGUGGAGGCGCGGAUGACCCUGAAGGGGCAGUGAAGCUUUUACUGUCUCUCAUGCCCAAUGCCCUAAAUCAGACCCAGCGAAUGGCUCCGCCUUCACAGCAGCAGCAACUUAGGUACAGUGACAACAACGCCCCAGGUUUCCCCAUCAGUGCAUCUGGGAGCCGGCAUCCAGACGCACUGGCUCGCAUAUUAGCGGCAAGGGGAGGGGCUGCCUCUGUGCUGCCUCGAGCUCAAGUAGGGGCAACCGUGGGGCCCCUAGGUAGGGCUGUGGUAGAAGCCCAGGAGAGUGCUUGGGGGGAACCUGUUUCUGCCUCAGCAGUAGCUGCAGCAGCAGCAAGUGCUGCCGUCCCAGACAGUGCCCACGGCCGAGCAGUCCCCCGCAAGCGGUCUGUUUCCUCGGCCGACGUCGAAGAGCGAGGCAGCGGGCCAGCGUGUGGGUUCUACUCCCAGCUGGGAUCGCACAUGCCUGAGUUGCAGCAGUUUCCCGCAGAUGCCCGCGGGGGGCUCCCGGUCCCACCGGGGCCGCCUGGGCCCCCUGGGCCUCCCGGGGCUCAAGGGUCACCUGGGGGCGCGACUGACGCUGAUACAGUGCCACUGGUAGGCAUUCCGCCGACCAUUCCACCUGGAAACGAUUUGCUGCCGUUCUUACACGGACGGAGGAUGCAGCAAAUCCCGCAGCAGCAGCUGCAGCAACUUCAGCGAGCCCUCGAAUCCCAGCGAUUGGAGUGA